GCCGGACUGGGCAGAGCAGCCGCUUCCAGGAGGCCGGCCCGCUCCCCAGGGCCUGUCCCCUCCGCCCCGGGACUGUGGGAGACCGGGCGCCCGCCGGCCGGGCUGCAUGGGGCUCCCACGCGACCCGCUCUUCUGGCUGCUGCUCCUGCUCGUGGCCUCCUGCUCGGGGAUCCUCUUCUCCCUGUUCUCCUCGGUGGGGAAGCCGCACCCGGGGCCCGGGGCCGGAGCCAGGAGCUCCACAGCACCUCAGGCGUUCUCUGGACCCAAGGCCGCGAUUUCGGGGACAAGAAAGGGCCGGCCGUGCGGACACCCUCUGGCUCUGGCCGCCCAGCGGCACCCACACUUCCGGAGACUGUUUGACUUCUCCAAGCCGGUGCUGCUCUCCGGGGGCCUCUACACCCAGGAGCUGUGGGACAGCCUGAGCCAGCGCAAAGCCCCCUAUGGCUGGCAGGGGCUCUCCCGCCAAGACAUCGUCUCCACGCUGAGCCUUCUGAACGGCUCCGAGAGCACCCGGCUGUUCGGCUCCGGGCGGCCGCCCCAGGCCUGCAUCCGGUGUGCUGUGGUGGGUAACGGAGGCAUCCUGAAUGGUUCCCGCCAGGGUCUGAACAUCGAUGCCCACGACUAUGUGUUCAGACUCAAUGGUGCUGUGAUCAAAGGCUUUGAAGAGGAUGUGGGCACCAAGACCUCCUUCUACGGUUUCACCGUGAACACAAUGAAGAACUCGCUCAUCUCCUACAAGAAGCUGGGCUUCACCUCCGUGCCACAAGGACAGCAGGACCUGCGGUAUAUCUUCAUCCCCUCAGACCUCCGUGACUACCUGAUGCUGCGGGCAGCUGUUCUGGGUGAGCCUGUCCAAAAGGGUCCUGACCAAGGGGACAGGCCGCAGACCUAUUUUGGACCGGAAGCCUCUGCCCGUAAAUUCAAGCUACUCCAUCCAGACUUCAUCAGCUACCUGACCCAGAGGUUUUUGAAAUCUAAGCUGAUGAACACACGUUUCGGAGACCUAUACAUGCCUAGUACUGGGGCCCUCAUGCUGUUGACAGCUUUACACACCUGUGACCAGGUUAGUGCCUAUGGAUUCAUCACAAGCAACUACUGGAAAUUUUCUGACCACUACUUCGAACGAGUCAAAAAGCCACUGAUAUUCUACGCAAACCACGACCUGUCCCUGGAAUCGGCCCUGUGGAGGGACCUGCACGCAGCCAGCAUCCUUCGACUGUACCAGCGCUGACCCGGGACCACUGAGCCCUCUGUCCUCGCAGAGCUGGGGGCCAAGUCCCCUUCAAAGAAGCCCAAGUGCCACCUCGUCCUUUCAGCGUGACAGGGUCCCCAGCCCUAGACCCACUGCUUCCCUGCCGAUGACUGUCACCGAGGCCUGUUCAAUGUGAAACACCCCAUCUUGUCCUUGGCUCAUCCAAGAAGACUCCCCUCUGGCUCUGAGGCACACACUCCAACCUGGGGCAAGGGAAAUGGGCUGCUCCAAUGGAUCUGUUUAAAACUGAAAACACUCCCAAGAUGUGACUGUCACCUCAUCAGAAAGGGACACCUCAGAGCCAAGCCUCAAGGCCGGCAGGCAGGGCUGAGCAACUCGAGGAAGUGGAGGCCUCGCUGAGGCCAAACACUGCAGAUGAAGGCACACUCCCCGGCCCAGACCCUCCCCCUUGCACGCAGGGCCCCACGCAAACACUGAGGCAACUCAAGGACACGUGUCCAUCUCCCCGAGAACCUGGCCGACUUACACCCACCUGUGAUGAAGCACCCAAGGCAGAAUGUAAUUGGAAACUAGGUGAUUGCAUAAAUGAUGGACAACCA